UUUGUCACAGGCUGGGCUUCGGGAGCUGGCCGUAACUCAACACAACGGCAAACGCUGACUGAAUUUAAUCGUUUAUUUAACUGUCUUAAGGGAGUCUUAAGGCAGAGACUUCACGGGCCUUCUCCCGCCGCCGCCGCCCGUGACGGGGUCGAGCCUCAGCGGCGCGCGGCAGCGGCGUCAGCGCUCGGCGCCGCCCGAAGGUCACACACCGGCCUCAAGAUGGCGGCGGCGGCGGGCGGCUGCCGGAAAUGUCUCAUCAGUGGCAUAUGGCUUAUAUCUAGGAGAUACCCAGUUCCUGCAGUCCACAGUGGCACCACAUAUAGAACGAGCACACCUCUUUUAGAGAUCAAUCAGUCUAGAUGUUAUUCUUCAGGAGGAAGAAAGGGUUUUAUAUCAGGUUUUGUGGAAAACAUCAAACAAGAAUUAGCAAAAAACAAAGAGAUGAAAGAAAGUAUUAAAAAGUUCCGAGAUGAAGCUAAAAAGCUAGAAGAAUCUGAUGCACUUCGAGAAGCAAGAAGGAAAUACAAAACCAUUGAAUCUGAAACAGUGAAGACCUCAGAAGUGAUUAAAAAGAAACUUGAAGAAAUCACUGGUACAGUUAAAGAGAGUUUGGAUGAAGUAAGUAAGAGUGAUAUUGGCCGGAAGAUAAAAGAAGGUGUGGAAGAAGCAGCAAAAACGGCGAAGCAGUCUGCAGAGUCAGUGACAAAAGGAGGGGAGAAAUUAGGCAAGACAGCAGCCUUCAAAGCUAUUUCUCAGGGAGUAGAAACCGUUAAGAAGGAAAUAGAUGAAAGUGUUUUAGGGCAGACUGGUCCUUACAAGCGUCCAGAGCGGCUACGAAAAAGAACAGAAUUCUCAGGCGAGAGGAUUAAAGAGGAACGAGUAUUUGAAGCUAAUGAAGAGGCCAUGGGUAUGGUGCUGCAUAAGGACUCAAAAUGGUAUCAGCAGUGGAAAGAUUUCAAGGACAACAAUGUGGUGUUCAAUAGGUUCUUCGCAAUGAAAAUGAAGUAUGAUGAAAGUGAUAAUGCAUUCAUUCGAGCUUCCAGAGCUGUCACAGACAAAGUCACCGAUUUGAUAGGUGGAUUGUUCUCGAAGACAGAAAUGUCUGAGGUUUUGACAGAGAUACUCAAAGUGGAUCCCUCCUUUGACAAAGAUCGUUUUUUAAAGCAAUGCGAGUGUGAUAUAAUCCCCAAUGUCUUGGAGGCUAUGAUGUCUGGAGAGCUUGAGAUCCUCAAAGAUUGGUGCUACGAAGCAACUUACAGUCAGCUUGCUCAUCCAAUCCAGCAAGCCAAAGCCAUGGGUCUCCAGUUCCACUCCAGGAUUCUGGACAUUGACAACAUUGAUCUGGCUAUGGGGAAAAUGAUGGAGCAGGGACCAGUAUUAAUCAUCACUUUUCAAGCUCAGAUUGUGAUGGUAAUAAAGAAUCAGAAAGGGGAAGUGGUAGAAGGCGAUCCGGACAAGGUUCUGCGGAUGCUGUACGUAUGGGCACUGUGCAGAGACCAGGAUGAGCUCAACCCCUACGCUGCCUGGAGGUUAUUGGACAUUUCCUCAUCAAGCACUGAGCAAGUUCUCUGAGAAGAAAUUACGUCUGAGAGCUUCCUGUCCCUCUCUUCAAGCAAUGCCGGUUCUGAAUUUGCACCAGUCUACUGCAUGAUGAUCUGCGGGGGAAAGAGGCUAGAUUGGUUCCUUUUCAGAAGAACAGGCUGUGAGGUGUGCCAUCGUUAUGCCAAUUCCCAUCAUGAACUGGACGAGUCUGACACAUCUGCCUUACACUUUGCUGUGUAGCUGUUGCACUGUAAGGACGUACGGUAGAUUGUAAUGUGAGUGCUCUAAGACACUAGCGGCUGCUGUUGGCUCCUGUUUUAAUCGUGGCUGAAGGAGGCUGGUUUGGGUUCUGUGUAUUUCCCAGUGCUUCCAGUGAUACCCACAGAGGUGGGUACUGAAGAACAGUGCAGUGAGAUGUGGCGGGUCUAGUUGCGAUCUGCUGUCAUCCUCUGAUGGCCUUACAUCGGCCCUGAAAAGAACUUAGAGGUGCUUUUAAGGCACCGUUGGUGUCAGCUAAUCCACAUCUCAUACAAAGUUGCACCAGUAAGCCUUCUGUUGCUGUAGUGUCUUGUACCUCACCAAACCAAAUGCAAUCAGGUAUUUGCACGUGACUUGGAGUAGAACAGAGUCAGGAUGGAGGUGUUUGCAUACAUAAACGCCCACAGUUCUGCAGGGGGAA